GCCAGCGUCGCCGGCCGAGUACGUGAUGCAUCUCCAGCAGUACCAAAAUAUGAGGCUGGAACAGGGGAUGAAGACAGAAAACGGGAAUAAUGCCUCAACGGCUGGCGCGAGCGCGGGCUCUGUGGCUCCAAGCGGGCCACCGGGCUCUGCGAACGGGUCAGGCCAGUUUGUGCCUUUUAUACCACCGUUCCUGAAUCCGCAGGCUCUGAUGGGCCAGUACUCGGGCGCCGUGCCAGGGCCCUAUCCUAUGCAGCCAAUGCCAAUCCCGUAUCCUGUUCCUGCGAAAAGCGAGCCACCUCAGCCACGCACCAAGGUCAAGCCGUGCGAUCACUGUCGGCGGCGCAAAAUCAAGUGUGUGAUGGUGCCGGACUCCAACACGUGCAAGAUGUGCCAGAAUAAGGGGAUGAAGUGCACGUUCAUAGAUUCCAGCACGGGCGGCACAAAACGAUCGUUUUCGAGCCCGGAAAACGACGCCAAACGCCACAAGUUUGAGGACCCGUCCAUCGUGCCGCCCCCAAACGUGCCACUGCGCGAAACCCUGCCGAUCAAGGACUAUGCCACCAUGCAGGGCCACUCGCUGCUGAAAAAAACGCUCAGCCUGCAGUACCCGCGCUCGAGCUUCUACGUGGGGCCCACUUCGAUCUACGAUAGACUCUUUCUUGAGAACGUUGUUCUGGACAAAAUCGACCAGUUCCAGCUCAACAAGGCCUACUCGAUCCGCAAAGUCGCCAAUGACGUCCAGUUUACGCUGCGCGACGACUUCACCGAAGACUUGUACGAGAAAUCCGAGUGGGACGUUGACAGCGUCGAACGGUACGUUGCGCCGCACGGCCAGAAACUCAUCGACCUCUAUUUUCGCACUGUUCACCCCUCGUUUCCAAUAUUGCACAAGAAAGUCGUUCUGGAGAAAUACUCACGCACGCAUCGCGAGUUUGGAGCUCCGUUGCUUGCUGCCCUCUACUGUCUGGCCAUCCAAUGGUGGGACUACGACCCUCACCUGUCGCAGUUCCCUAAACCCAACGUGGUGUCGCUGCACAAGUUUGCGCUCAAGACAUUUUCGGACGUGAUCCAACGGCCCAAGCUGAGCGCCGUUCAGGCCGGCCUGUUGCUGCUUCAGUGCCGCUCGAGCGGGUCACAGGACAAUAACUGGCUGCUGUGUUCACAGGUGGUGGCUUUGGCAGAGGAAUUGGGACUCGGACUGGACUGUGCCAACUGGAGACUCCCGCGCUGGGAACGUGGGCUGCGCAAGCGGCUGGCAUGGGCCGUGUACAUCCAGGAUAAGUGGUCGUCGCUUGUGGAGUCGCGGCCGAGCCACAUUAUCGAGGGUAAAAACUGGCAGGUCCAAAUGGUGGCCAGCGAGGAUUUUCCGGACAAAGGUGACGCCGACCAACAAAAGGACGGAUCUGCAGACUACGAGAACGGGGAAGCUUUGUUCCGGCAACUGAUCACGCUGAGCCAGAUUUUGAGCGAGAUUCUGGAUACCUUUUACACCAUGCACAGCAUAGAGACGGUGACGACGAUCGACGAGGUGCUCAAGCUGGCCAAACCGCUGCAGCUGAAACUCAGAAACUGGUACCACUCGCUGCCGGAAACGCUGCAGAUGAACACGCUCAAGCCGCGGAAAUUCAACUCGAACGGCUACUUGCAACUGGCGUACUUUGCGACGGAAAUUACCCUGCACCGUCGUAUCAUUUCCGCUCUCCACGCCCAGAAAAACGAAUGUCAGCCAGAGCUGGUCCGUGUUUGUCGCUCAGCGGCACAAGCGCGUCUGACAGCGUCGAUCGAAUUCACCCGCAACCUGAAGCCCGAACACAUCCAGUCGUUCUGGCAGUCGGCAGCAGUUAACAACUUCGCCCUGAUUGGAAUUUUUGCCACCAUUCUGUACGUCACCAGCGACUCCACAGAGGAAGCUAACGGCUUCAAACAGCAGCUUUUCGACUACCGCUGGAUUCUCAAGAUCAACAGCAAGAGCUUCGAUAUAGUGGGCGAAGCGCUCUCGAAGAUCGACGGAUUGAUCAAAAAUAUACCUGGCCUGAUGGGCGACUAUAAAGACCCAUCCACAGCAGUCCCUGUGGAGACAGAGGUGGACGGCGAGUCGCGGUCGGACACGUCCCAAAGUGAACGGAGCGACAGAGCCGCCGAGCAGAGCGAAAAAUAGCGUGCAAAGCCAUAUAACGUUCCCAUGUACAUUAGUAUCCGG